GGCCGGGAAUAAUGGGCGCGGUGCGGUGCGGUGCUAUUAGUAGAGUGGUGGUUUUUUGGGGGUUAGAUGGCGUAAGGCGGAGAUGCUGUGGGCUUAUCGGUGGGAUGGGUAUGGGGAUGGGGGAUGACGUAUUCGUUCAAACUGCAUCUAUGUUUCGGAAUCAUGUGUGUUGCAGGCACCGAGAAGUUUGUAACUUGCAGGAGGAACGUAGGAUCUGUUCAUGAUGUCUUUUUUGCAAUUAGACGGUCUGCAUGUAUUCGUCACGGGCGCAGCGGGCGGGAUUGGCAGCGCGAUUGUGGAGGAGUUUCUAGCACAAGGCUGCAAAGUCUCCGCGCACGAUCUGCGUGUGAAUCCCCUUGCCUCGACGAAUAAUCCUAACCUGCACUGCUUGCAAGGCGAUAUCAGCGAUGAAUCUUCAAUCUCCGCCUCCGUCACCCAGGCUGUGGAGAAAUUCGGACCACUGAACAUCCUGUGUGCUAACGCCGGUAUCACGGAUGAAUCGAACGACUACCCCAUCUGGGACAUGCCCGCCGAGCUCUGGGACCGGACCUACGCCGUGAACGUCCGCGGCACGUACCUGACCAUCAAGCACUUCCUCAAGAGCGUCGAGACGGCACAGCGGGAGACGGGGAGGGAGUUGGAGAAUGUGAGUGUUGUUGUCACGGGGUCGGAGUGUGGCGUGUUUGGCCAGGCGGGGCAUGUUGAGUAUGCGUCUGGGAAGGCGGGGAUGCAGUAUGGACUUGUCAGGACGGUGAAGAAUGAGAUUGUGAGGCUGAAUGGGAGGGCGAGGAUUAAUGCUGUUGCGCCGGGGUGGGUGGAUACGAAGCUUAUUGAGGGGAGGUUGGAUGAUGAGAGGGAGUUGUGGAGGGAGGCGCAGGCUACUGUUCCGCUGAAGAAAAUCGCCCAGCCAACUGAUGUAGCGAGGACGGCGGCGUUCCUGGCUAGUCAUAGAGCGGCGGGACAUAUUUCGGGACAGUGCAUUUCUGUCGACGGGGGCAUGGAGGGCCGCAUAGUCUGGUCCGAGGAAGAGGUUCGGAAGUCUCAGGAGACGACCGGGAGUCUCCCACCUGCGGAACCUCAGUCAAGCUACGCGCUCAAUCCGUCAGGAACCACGUCUGAGGGAGUCCAGAUAACCGGGGGGAUGAGUGUUAACCAGUCCAUCCCCCCGACGAUCACUCCCAAAUCUCAACCCAAGAUCAAGAUCCUCGUAUCUGUUGACUUCGACGCUGUAUCAGGCUGGCUCGGCACCGGCCAACACCCCGACAACAACCUCGCAGACUACAGCUCCGGUUUCUUCUCAGCAAACGUCGGUGUCCCACGGCUCCUCAAACUAUUCAAGAAGCUAGAGAUCCAGGACAAGGUGACAUGGUUCGUACCCAUGCACUCGGCAGAAAGCUUCCCCAAAGAAUUCUCAAGCAUCAUGCAAAGCGGCGCGGAAAUCGGCCUGCACGGGUACUGUCACGAGGGCGCCCCCCAACUAACCCCCACACAAGAGCGCGACGUCCUAGAACACUGCAUAUCCCUCUACCAAGAGCUAACCGGCUCCCGCCCCGUCGGCUACCGCGCCCCGCUCUACCAACUCCGCGAAUCCACAAUCGACCUCCUGGAAGAAUACGCCUUCCUCUACGACUCCUCCCUCGCCCACCACGACAGCAAACCCUACCACCUGCCCCGUCUGCCCCCCAUAAUCCCCCCCACAUACUCGCCCUCCACAGACGCAAAGUCCUGGAUGAAACCCCUGCCCCUGCCCGCGCCGCCGACGGCCAAAACGCUUGUUGAAAUUCCCUCGAAUUGGUAUACGGAGGAUAUGACGCCACUGCAGUUUUGGCCGCAUACGGAUAAUUCUAUGGGGUAUGUGGAUGUGCGGGUUGUGGAGCGGAUGUGGAUGGAUCGGUUUGAGUGGGUGCGCGGGGAGGUGGGGGAGUUGGGUGAGGAGGGUGAGGGCGAGGUGGUGGUUUUUCCGCUCGUGUUGCAUCCUGAUACGAGUGGGAUGGCGCAUGUUGUAGGGAUGCUGGAGAGGGUGUUGGGGUGGUUGAAGGGGUGGGGUGGGGAGGUGGAGUUUUGCACUAUGGAGGAGGUGGCUAGGGAGUGGAGGGGGGGGAAUGGGGUGUGA